GUGAAUGCAUUCCCACCAAAUUUUGUGCACUCGUUGGAUUCCACACAUAUGAUGUUGACCGCGCUGUUCUGUCGUCGGUUGGGUAUUACGUUUGCUGCAGUACACGAUUGCUACUGGACACAUGCCUGUGAUGUUGAGGUGAUGAACGAGAUUUGCCGCGAGCAAUUCGUGCAACUUCACAGUGAACCACUUGUGAAACAGUGCGGAGAGAGAAGAAAAAAUAAACGUAUUAUUGUGAUGUUUUGGUUACGAAAUAUUGGAAAAACCUAUUAUUGUGAUGUUCUAGCUGCGGUUGAAGCAGCGGAGAAUUUAAUGCUGUAA